UAAGAAGGAUGCUUAAUAAGAAAGCUUGCUGUGUAACCCUGAUAAAGGCGGGAGUGAAUUAGGAAGGUGUCGUCAUGGGGGGGCGGGCAGAAAGCCCAUCUCUACAUAACACCGCACCAUCAGAUGCUAGACUCUUCCUAGCGGUCUGAUUGGAACUCGGUGACCUAGACUGGACGGCUUGUUCUUUUACCCGGACAACUGAGCUGUGGAUCAGUCACGGCCAUCUCGUUCUCGGCUUGGCCAGGUCAUGACGUGCAGGCCCUUUCCGACUCGCCAUCCUAUCACGCCGAGUAGGCCCAGCCAGGCUCAUUGAACCACCAUGUCGAACAAGAAGAUCCAGGAGCCGGUCAUCACGAAGGUGUCCGAGCUGCCCGUCGAGCAGGCAAAAUGGGUGACGCUCAAUAGGGUCGACUACAUCGACCAGGCCGGCAAGGCGCGCACGUGGGAGGUGGCGACGCGCAAGACCCGAGGCAAGGCUGGCGUGGACGCCGUGGCCAUGGGGAACAUCCUCCUGCAUCCGUCGCGCCCGGCCUCGACCAUGCUCGUCAUCCAGUACCGACCGCCGCUCGACGCCUACACGGUCGAAUGGCCGGCCGGCCUGAUCGAUGCCGAGGAGACAGCGGAGCAAGCGGCGGUGCGCGAAUUCAAGGAGGAGACAGGAUACGACUGCCGGCUAUUGAGCAUGAGUCCUGUGCAGGCGGCAGACCCCGGCCUGUCCAACGCCAACAUGCAGAUGGCGAUGGUCGAAGUGCAGCUCGGGGAGCGCGACGAGGAGCCGGAACAGCGUCUCGAGGACGGCGAGUACAUCCAGCGCGUAGUCGUGCCGUUGUCGGAGCUCUACGACCGCCUGGUCGAAUAUUCCAAGGCGGAGCGAACGAUCGUCGCGGCUAAGCUCUUCCAUUUUGCGGCGGGUAUGCAGUUCGCGCAGACCCAGAAGUAUUUCUAGCUGCUGGAGGCCCGGUUCAACUCACCUUGCCGGAACCCACCGGCCUCUCUGCCGUAUCUACCUAACUACCGGAACCGUGGACAGCAUAGUCCGCAAGACUUUUGUACACGCUAGUGCCCUAAAAGUCCGAACAAGAGAGUCUAGCCACAAGACAGACGGACAGAGGGACGAACGAAGGAUGCUUGAAUUGCGCAGAGGUAGACACUGUAUAUACCUAGGUAGACUAGAGUAAGACGAUGAAUAUUCACCUAGGUGCGGUGCUCGGAAUUUCCCGAGGGGAUCAAAAAGCAGGCGGAAUCAUCGCGCAGUCGGGAUGCCUGGUAUGGAAUGAAUUCGGUUGGUACCGGAGCUGAAUCACCCUCUCCUCUCAUCCCAGCGAUCGCACCAGCCAGUCAUUGCGUGCGCCCCGA